UUGAAAGUUGAAACUUCAUUUGAGUAUUCUUUGGCUUCUCCGCUCUUAUGUAAAUUCUAUUAUGCCCAAAAUCUAUUGUUUAUUUGCUGUAAGUGAAUUAAUCUUGCCGUCCUGUUUUGGGACAUAAGUUGUGUUGGGAGCUUCUUUGAGGUGGGGUUAGAUGUUCCUUGGGUUAGGAUUAGCUUCCAUUUAUUAAAAAAAAAAAAAAAGAAAUUCCUAAAAAAAUUAGGAUGAGCUUCCAAUAAUUUUGAAAUUGUUCCUCAUAAGUUGUGAUUCUUGGAUUUGGUGAUAUGGGCACCCAAGUUUGAGCUUGUCCAGAUCUAGGCUCUCGGUUCUUCUGGUUUCAGAGUUACUGUCGUGGGGAAACAUUUCUAAUCUCCAAUAAGCCAUUAGUUCGUGUUUGCUGUAAUGGAUACAGUGAAAGGAAAGAUCAACACUCAAACCGGGGACCCUACAGACAAGGGAAACAAAGCUUCAUCUGUCAAGACGAAGAUUCUGUUCUUUGCAAGAGCUCGAGAUCUUACUGGCUUGACAGAGAUGCCAUUGGAAGUGUCGUCAGGAAGUUCUGUCCAGGAUUGUUUGAACGAUCUCGUUGCCAGGUUUCCAAGCUUGGAAGAGAUCCGUGGCUGUAUGGUUCUUGCACUAAACGAAGAAUACACCACCGAGUCGGCAAUACUCAAAGACAGAGAUGAGUUGGCAAUUAUACCUCCCAUUAGUGGUGGUUAGUUUUUUGUAUUUAUUUUUUCUCCUCAUGUAACGUUCACUGCAAAAUGUGUCCAUUCAAUAUUUCAUUCGAAAUAAACCUCGGAUUUCAUGAAAACGAUGCCACUUUAAGUUUGUUUACUAUUGUUUUGGAAUGCAAACCAUUGUUUUUUCUUUUA